AUGUCGGGAAGCAGAAGUGUGGCAAGGGUGUAUGCGGAUGUCAACGAAAAGAUGGGCAGGUCAUGGUGGGAUUAUGACAAUCUGGUGGUACAAUGGGGCGUGCAAGACAACUAUGAGAUAGUGAGAAAGGUGGGAAGAGGAAAAUAUUCAGAAGUGUUCGAAUCCAUUCAUCUACCCACAAAUCAGAAAUGUAUCGUUAAAGUCCUCAAACCCGUCAAGAAGAAGAAGAUCAAGAGAGAGAUCAAGAUCCUUCAAAAUUUAGCAGGAGGACCCAAUGUCAUAGGUUUAUUAGAUGUAGUCAGAGAUGCGCAGUCAAAAACACCAUCAAUAGUCUCGGAAUAUGUCAACAACACCGAGUUCAAAACCCUCUACCCCAAAUUCAGCGAUUUCGACGUCCGAUUUUACAUCCUCGAGCUUCUCAAAGCUCUCGACUUUUGUCAUUCCAAAGGCAUCAUGCACCGGGAUGUCAAACCACAUAAUGUUAUGAUUGAUCACGAAAAGCGACAGUUACGAUUGAUAGAUUGGGGAUUGGCCGAGUUUUACCACCCCGGAACAGACUACAACGUUCGUGUAGCGUCGAGAUAUUUCAAAGGUCCAGAAUUGUUAGUCGAUUUUCAGGAGUAUGAUUACAGUUUGGACAUGUGGAGUUUAGGGUGUAUGUUUGCCAGUAUGAUCUUCCGGAAAGAGCCAUUUUUCCACGGACACGAUAACGCAGAUCAGUUGGUCAAAAUCACCAAAGUGCUGGGAACGGAUGAGCUCUUUGCUUAUCUUGAGAGAUACGAGAUUGAUCUGGAUUCUCAAUUUGACGACAUACUUGGAAGAUAUCCUCGUAAACCGUGGUCACGAUUCAUCACCUCUGAAAACCAAAGAUACAUCUCAAAUGAGGCCAUCGACUUUCUUGACAAACUUCUGAGAUACGAUCAUCAAGAGCGACUGACGGCGAAGGAAGGUCAAGACCACGCUUAUUUCGCACCAGUCCGCGAGGCCGCCGCACGAUCACGUUCAACAUCAGUCGCAUAA